UAAUAUUAGUGCAGAACACUGUACCUUUAAUUUAAAUGCCCUUGGAGUCUGCUGGGGAAGAGAAAUAAUACUGUUAGUCAGUAUGACAUGCAGAUGAGUGCCGUCGAUCUUAGAAUCACCGCACACUUCACUCAUUUGGCCAGUCACGGGGCCAAAACCAGUGUUUGGAGCCACAGUGUGGCGGUGGAGGCAGCAGCAAUGGGAGGCCAUACAGCAACCUAUGACAAAAUGGAAACCAGCAGGAGUGUGAGGAGACCUCAAAGUGGCACAUGGCAGAGUGUGGCGAUGGAGACAGCAGCAAUGGGAGGCCGUACAGGGACCCAUGAGAGACUCUGGACCUGGCAGCAGCAUGAGGAGGCGGUAUAGGGGCCCAUGGCAGAUUAGGGGCCUGGCAGCAGCUAUAGGAGGCCCGUAAUCUGCCAGCACCCUAUGACAAAAAAUUCAACACACCAGCAGUGUGUGAGGAGACCUGAAAGUGGCACAU